AUGCCUAGAGGACGACGUGCGAACAUCGGCCGCCGCACAAGACAUGCAAGCCAGCAACAAGUGUAUUCACAGAACUUAAGCGAAGAAAGACAAAAUAUAAUAAGAGAAAAUGCCCGAUUGAGACAACGCGUGAGCACACGAAGAUCAUUGGCAUCAUACAAUCGCUUGGCAUUCCAAUAUGAUCCCAUUGCGAACUACAGUGAUGAUGAAAAUUUAGAUAUUGGACCAAUGACGACUAUAUACCGAUAUUGCAAUGCGUUAAAGUUCAAAAGAGAAACGGCUGGAUUGUGCUGCGCAAGUGGAAAAUUCAAACUGGAUCCAUUACUUACACCACCACAGCCACUGAAACCAUUGUUCGAUGGAAGUGAUCCCGAUUCCAGCCAUUUUUUUCAACACAUCCUUGAAUACAAUGACUGCUUUCGCAUAACUUCCUUUGGAGCUAAUAUCAUUCGAGAAGGCGGCUUCAUGCCAAUUUGCAAGACUUCUAAAAUGAAGAAAGGCAGAUCUUUAAAACUAUUAAAUAUGGCAACUAAUGUAAUACAGGGUCCAGAUUCAAAUCCGCUAAAUUCAGCGGAAACUGAAGUAGAAAUAUCAGAUAAUGAAUUGAUACUGUUGAGUCAGAUGCAGAACGAAAAUGUCAGAGAUUCAGAGUUGCUUUUACCGACCAGUAACAUUGUUCAAGAUGAUUUAAAUAAAUUUACAACAGCUGAAGGGACUAUCGAAAAUAAAGAAAAUUUAUUAUCGCAUAAAAAGAUUAGUAAAGAAUUAAAGACAUCUGAGCUUAAUUAUUAUUGUGAGGAGGAAUCUCCUAAACUAUCCCCAAUAGUUUCAGAUCAAUAUAUUUUUGACUCUGACGAUUCUGUCAAAGACAAAGAUUAA